UUAAUUUCAGAGAAAUCAAAUUCAAGGAAGUAUUUGCAAGCUAAAUUACUGCUAACCGCCUUCAAGCGGGUAAAGAGACGUGGCGGGCAGGGUUUCUGACCCAGCCCGAAUACCCUCUCCGCAAUGUAUAUAUACCCAUUAGUCCCCCAAGAUUCUCCCACUCUUAUAAACCCUGACUCUUAUUCUGGAGAGAAAAAAAACAAAUUCCGAAAAAUGUCUGAGGAGAAUUACUGUAUGGAUUGUCGGCGGCCAACUACGGUGGUGUUGGAUAGGGCAUCCGGCGACGCCGUUUGCUUGGAGUGCGGCCUCGUUCUGGAAUCUCGGUUCAUCGACGAGACCGCUGAGUGGCGGAACUUCGCCGAUGACUCCGGCGGUCACGACCCCAACCGUGUCGGGUCGCCCGUUAAUCCUCUCCUCGGCGACACCGUCCUGUCUACGGUGGUGUCCGGUGGUGCGGUUUCUGGGCUGACCCGUGUGUGCCGCCGGCCUGAUCCCGACAAAGUUCUGUUUGCCUUUAACAUCAUUGCGGAUAUGGCCGAUAGGUUGAGCCUUGUUGCUACAAUCAAGGAUCGAGCCUGCGAGAUGUACAAAAAGUUGCAUGAUCAGAAGUCUACAAGAGGGAAAAAACUGGAAAUUCUGGCAGCCGCUUGCAUUUUCAUCGCCUGCAGACAAGAGGGCAAAUCACGAACUGUCAAAGAAAUCUGCUCCAUUGUGAAUGGAGGAGAAUCCAUCAACCGAGCCGGAAUGAAAGAAUUCAACCGAGCCGUAGAGUUCAUCAAGGAAAAACUGAAGGUGGAGAUGGGGAAAUCAUUCAUAGAGAUGGGAACUGCAAAUGCAGGAGAUUUUCUGAAGCGUUUCUGUUCUAAACUUGGCAUGAGUCACGAGGACACUAGAACUGUCGGAUAAACCAUCCACAACUCAGAACAGCUCGACAUAAGAAGGAGUCCUAUAUCCAUUGCAGCAGCCGUCAUUUUCAUGAUCAACCAGCUGACGGGCUCAAAGAUUUCUCUUACAGAUAUUGCUAGAGUGACGAUGGUAGGAGAAGGGACGAUCAAGAGCACUUACAGAGAUCUCCAGCCGUAUGCACAUAGGAUACUGCCUGAACGCUACAUGAAGGGGUGGGAUCUCAAGAACCUCGGCCCCGGUAGUGUCUAG